UUUCUUGCGGAGACCGUAGGUCGUUAGAGAGAGAGAGAGAGCGAGGGGGGUAAGAGAGAGCCGUUUGAUCUUUGAACAGUGAUGGCUCCCUCCAUCUUCUAAGCAAAGCCAAAUCAAACCAAAAUUCUCCCUUUACUUUCUUACCUCUCUAUUUCGAUUCCUGCCAUACCUGUUCGUUUUACUUUUGCCCCUUCCUAUUCCGUUAUCUGCGAAAUCUCUCAGAGAUGGAUGAAACUUUAAACGACAAUGAAUCCUUGACGACUCGCAUCCAACAGUUGGAACGUGAUAUACUUAUUUCAACAAGAUGUACUAUAUGGACCAUUUCUCUUGUAGAGCGUGAUGAAUUGCGCAAGGAUAUUGAGCAAUUGUGUAUGCAACAAGCUGGACCUAGCUACCUUGCUGUGGCUACACGGAUGCAUUUUCAAAGGACAGCUGGCUUGGAGCAGGAGAUUGAAAACUUGAAAAAGAAACUAUCUACUUGCACAAGAGAGAAUAUAAAUCUGCAAGAGGAGCUUUCAGAGGCCUACCGAAUCAAAAGCCAACUUGCUGAGCUGCAUGGUAUGGAGGUCUCAAAGAAUAUGGAAGCUGAGAAGCAGGUUAAAUUUUUCCAAGGCUGUGUAGCUUCUGCUUUUGCUGAGAGGGACCAUUCAAUAAUGGAGGCUGAGAAGGCCAAGGAGAAGGAGGAGAUUAUGUCACAGAGAAUGGGCAAUAUUCAAAUGAGGUUAGAGGAGCUCACCUCGGAUUGUAUUGGACAGAAGAAACUUAAUGACGCAUUUCGCAUUGCUCUUGCAAAGGAAGAAGAUCAGAAUAAGACUUUCAAGAAGGUUAUUGAUAAAUUUUACAACAUAAGGCUAAAUUCUCUCAAAGGAUUUGAGGAUACAAGUUGGGAUGAAAAGUCUGAAUGUCUUUUGCAUGAUCCUCAAGAACUGUGGAGCUUUAAUGAUACAUCCACUUCCAAAUACAUCAGUGCGUUAGAAGAAGAGCUGGAGACGAUGAAGAAAUCGGUGGAUAAUCUUCAAAAUAAGCUUCGGAUGGGGUUGGACAUCGAAAAUCAUCUAAAGGGAAAAGUUCGUGAAUUGGAAAAGAAGAAAAUAGUUACAGACAAAAUGAUCAAGAAUGGGAUAGCGGAGCUGUAUCAAUACCAUUCUCAGCAAAGAGUUCAUGUCAUGAAUUUACUUGACGAGGGAAGAUUUCAUAUGAAGUCAAUUGUCGAUGCGAUAGAGAAAAAGAUUAGACAAUUUGAAGUGAGAAAAGUACAAAGUUCAGGGCCUUCUCAAGAAGAUGAAAAACGAGAUGAAUACGAAUGUCGAGAUGUACAUAUGACCUCUGAGGCUGUCUUUGACUUGCUAUCUAAGAGGAAUGGUCCAGACUUGCUGGAUAUUGUGGCUGAUGGGAAAGGUGGUGCCUCCAAAGUCCUUGCACAGGCAUUGCAAGAGAAGGUUGCAGCAUUGUUGCUUUUAUCACAGCAGGAAGAAAGACAUUUACUGGAGAGAAAUGUAAAUGGAGCUCUUCAAAGGAAAAUCGAGGAGCUACAGAGAAAUUUAUUACAGGUUACCAAUGAAAAGGUCAAAGCUCUCAUGGACUUUGCACAACUAAAGCAGGAAUAUCAACUAUUUCAGGAGAAAAUUGGUAAGGAGACUAAAGAAGGAAAAGGUCUGGCUGGUAUUGGGGGACUAAAACUUUUAACUCAUGAAAGAGAUGGUAAGUUAAAAAACUUGCUAAAGAGAACAUAUCUGAGACGUUGGAUUGGCACACUAGAUGUUAGUGGUGAUGAUGCUGAAGCUUACCAGAAUAAUGAAGGCAAAUUCUUCAGCAAAAGGAAUAGCAUGGACUUUGCCAGAAUGAAAAUUGAACAUGCAACUCUUAAGGAAAGCAUGGAGAGUAUGGAGCAUCUGACAUCUUCGAUUCAUAGGCUCCGCCUCUCUCUUUUGAAGGCCAAGGAAUCAGUUUUGGAAGGUACAGUUACUAACGUUUCAGAAACUCUAGAUGAUGUUAUUAAUGAAGCAAAACUUGUCAAGAUUGCCCUUGGCAGCUCGCUACCCAUCAGUUGGUCAGCUGAGGCUGAUGUUGGUUCCAUUUAUGAAAGCAUCGGCAAUGAUCCCAAAGAGAUUUAUGGGGAAUCUAGCAGUGAGAAGAUAGAUUCUGUUUCUGCUGCAGGAUUUGAGAUGGUGGAGCUCCUCAUACUUGCAGCUCAGAUAUUGAAGGACAACACAAUGAAAAGUGGUUGCUGAGACACAAGCUGAUUGAGCUCUGAUAACGCAUGGUCUUGGUUCUGGGCAAGAUUUGGCACCAGUUAAUUGUUAUUGAAUGCACUGCGAAGGCUGAGGAGGUGGGUAAAAUGAGUAUUGAUUGGUUGAAUGCGGGAGGAAAGCGAUAUGUAUGCUGUGUGACAAUGGGACAAAAGGAAAAUAUGUUCAGUAAAAUGUGAAGGUUCUUGCAGUAACUUGUGAUUGUAUAUGAACUAACGUAUUUCUUAGAAAAAAUCCCCCUGAACUUUCACUGGGGAAUGUUUAUCAGUUCAGUUAAUGUAUAGUACUGUUUAAUUGUGUU